GCAAACGCACUCACCGGUUUUGGCGUUUCAAAAACCAAAAAAGCAUCACCUUCACACACACCAAACACCAGAUCCGAUACAGGAAGACGCUCGUCCAAAUGGAUGAGAAGUUGAUUCAGAGAUUGGAGUCCGCCAUAGCUCGGCUGGAAUCGCUCUCCCCCGGUUCCAAGCCCCCAUCCGGCACACUUGACGCCGUAUCAGCGGCAUCGGAACCGUCAAUCGUCGCAUAUGACGAUCUGCUCGUGGAAUACGUCGUUAAGGUAUCCCUUGCUGCGGAGAAGAUCGGCGGACAAGUUCAUGAUAUUACGAUUGUUCUCAGUCAGGCUUUCGCUACUCAGAAGGAGCUUCUCAUGAAGAUCAAACAAACUCAGAAACCUGAUGGGGGAGGAAUGACAGAAUUUUUAAAACCAUUAAAUGAUAAGUUAGCUCAAGCAAAUAACAUGUCAGAAGGAAAGCGUUCUGAUUUCUUCAACCACUUAAAAGCUGCUUCUGAGAGUCUAUCAGCUUUAAUCUGGAUUGCAUAUACAGGGAAAGGCUGUGGAAUGAGCAUGCCUAUUGGACACGUGGAAGAAUGUUGGCAAUCAGCUGAAUUUUACAACAACAAGGUUCUUGUAGAAUAUAAAAAUAAAGAUCCAUAUCAUGUGGAAUGGGCAAAAGCUCUUAAGGAACUUUAUGUUCCUGGGUUAAGGGAUUAUGUGAAAGCUCACUAUCCUUUAGGACCUUUAUGGAGUACAACGGGUGCAGUUGUUUCUGCCCCAAAAUCUGCCCAACCAUCUGCCCCAAAUCCUCCAUCAGCUUCACUUGCCAACUUGGCAUCUUCUUCUUCAUCCCGCCCAAAACAAGGCCAAGGAAUGGCUGCUGUUUUUCAGGAAAUUAGUUCAAAGCCGGUUACUUCUGGAUUGAGAAAGGUUACAGAUGAUAUGAAGACCAAAAAUCGCAAAGAUAGAGCAGGGUUUGUGAGUUCUGGUGAAAAUGAAGUUCAAAAGAGUGCACCAAAAACUGCUGCUAAAACUGGGCCUCCAAAGCUUGAACUUGUAAUGGGUCGCAAAUGGGUUGUUGAGAAUCAAAUUGGUGUGAAGGAUUUGUCGAUUGAUGAUUGUGAUCCUAAGCAAACUGUAUAUGUUUUUGGAUGCAAAGAUUCAGUUCUACAGAUCAAAGGAAAAGUUAACAACAUCACUGUUGACAAAUGCACAAAAAUGGGCGUUGUAUUCACAGAUGUGGUUGCUGCUUUUGAGACUGUUAACUGUAGCAGUAUUGAGGUGCAAUGCCAGGGUGCAGCCCCUACUAUUUCUAUAGAUAAUACAUCAGGGUGCCAGCUGUACUUGAGCCGAGAGUCUCUAGAAACUUCUAUAACAACUGCUAAAGCAACUGAAGUUAAUGUCAUGGUGCCUUCCUCAGAUCCUGAUGCUGAUCUGGCAGAACACCCUUUGCCACAGCAAUACAUUCACACUUACCAGGAUGGAAACUUUGUUACAAACCCUGUCUCACAUUCUGGAGGCUAAUUUAACGGGUGAAACAUCUAUCCAUCAUGCAAGCUUAAUGUUUCAGCCAUUUUCCUCAUUACUUUAAUUCUUUUUAGAAGCCUCAAAGUGCUUCACAUAUUCAUUUAUUUCAAAAUUUUGUUGCUUUUCGGCU